GGAGAGACACUAAACUAAAGCCUGGUGUAAGACAGACUCUGGCAGAGAUAUUGUGAGGAUGGAAGCAGGACGCCUCUGUAUUGAGCGAGCAGUGGCUCAUUUCAUCAUCAUGUCAAACACCUCGGCUCCGAGUCUGAACUCCAGCGUCUCUGGGUGGCGUCGUCCGCUGUGGUACCAGUAUGAAGUGUGUGCGGAAGCUCCUCAUUGGUUCAUCUUCUACUUUGGAGUGAAAGUAUUGAACCUGGUUGCAGGAUUCCCAAUGAACGCACUCGUGUUGUGGCAGAUUCUGAGGAAGAAGAGCGAAGGCUCGACGUCAGACAUCUUCAUUUUUAACCUUUCCAUCCUCGACGCCUAUUUCGGCGUCAUGAACGUGAACGAGGUCUACAGCGGCGUCAUCCUCUCGGCCUUCUUCAUCAUGGUGUUCUGCAACCUCUCCAUCAUCUGGGUCCGGAAGAGCGCCGCAGGGAAAGAAGUCAUGAACCCGGUGAAGAAGAAGGCCUUUAAAAUGGUGAUUAUCGUCCUGGCCAUCAUCGUUGGGAGCUAUCUGCCUCCUGUGGCUCUGAUGCCGUUUGCUUCCACCUUCUCGUUCAUGAAGCUGCAUUGUAAGGUUCUUCUCGGCGUCUUCUCCAUCAUGGACCUGAGCUGCACCGUCGAGCCUUCGCUCUACAUCUCUAAGAUGGAUCGAUCCACGUUCUGUCAAUGCCUGCAGAGUCCCUCCAAGAAACCCAACAGCGUGAGCGUCUGAAAUGAAAAACUGUCUGAU